GCAAAGACUGCGGUGAGGGGAUUUAAUGAACGCGCAUAAAACCUGAAAGGGAACCGUUCUCGAAUCACGGUGAUUUUGAUCUUUGCGAUUGACUGACCAUGCAGGCGUUUACCAGUCCAUACGUGUGCCCGUAUUUCACUUGCUCAUCUCCGUAUUGCCUCGCGUUGAGAAGCAGCGCUGUGGCGUCGAGUUUAGCGAUGAAUCGACCACCUCCGAGUCCAAACCAGCCUGGAAUAUCUUCAUUUACGAUUUCAUCCAUUCUAUCUCGUACAGAAGAGUCACCGAGUAAGACAGCCAGAUCCGAAGAAACACCGGUAUCUAAAUGCUCGUCCGAAGGGAAUAUAAGCUCGCAGUUCGUUCCUAGUUACUCGUCACAUGUCUCAAUUGAAAGAUUUCAUCCUUACCAUCGGCCUCUGACAGCAAGUGCUUUCGCGCGAACAACUUGCGGUAGUUUGCAAAAAGAAGGAGAGGCAAUUCUUUCAGUUGUACACCAUGAAGAAAACAAGGCGUGGAAUUUCAAGCAAGGAAAACCAAAGAGAAUUCGUACGAUUUUCACGCCAGAACAACUCGAGCGAUUGGAAAAAGAAUUUGACCGGCAACAAUAUAUGGUCGGAGCCGAGAGACAUUACCUCGCCGCCUCCCUAAAUCUCACUGAAACACAAGUGAAAGUCUGGUUUCAGAACAGAAGAAUAAAAUGGAGAAAACAGAAAAUGGACCGACCCAAUUCCAGCUAAAAUAUUGAAGAUCAGUGAAAUAUCGGAAUAAUAUGCUUGCGAGAGAUGAAAGUCGCGGACAUCCAAUGGGCUUUAAUCCAUGGAUAUUUACAAUUGAAAAAAAGAUGUCCAACCGUACUAAAAAAUGUGUUUUGAAAGUGAGCAUAUUCACAAAAUUUAAUCACGAAUCUGUACACAUUUCAAGACUUGACUAGCAGACUUGAAAACACACCUAUCGCUACUUCAUUAAAGACAUAAUUGGGUAAAUUCUGUACCCCGAAAAUCGCUAACCUUUGCAGCCAGAUAGCAAUUGUAUAUCUCCUACACAGAAGGCAGUAACGUCGAUCGAUGCCUUUACAGCUCCGUAACGAAUAAUUAUUUAUCGACUCUUUAUUUAGUUAUUUAGUUUUUGACUGAAAAAUUGAGAAUGUGGCUUGAAUAUGGAAAGACUUAGCUGUUUGAUUUUUUCUUCUAUCCCGUUGGCCCGAAAAUGGUCUUAGUUUGAAAUUGUAAAUAUAUAGUUGUAUAAAAAAUUCAUAAAUCGAAGAUUUCUCACUAAUCAUCCGAUAUAAUCAGGGGAAUCAUACAUUGUGCAUGAUCAUUCAAAGAUUUUGAGUAUUGAAGAAAAUUUGCUUGUAUCAUAAAAUUGCCAAGUUUUCGGUGUCUUUGUAAAGUAGUUUACAGACUCAGAAAUUAAGUGCCCUAUGAGGCUUAAAGUAUUAAUUCAAGAGUUCUUCCGGCCACAAUAAACUCAGGCUUUGCAUUCGAAGCUUUAACUCGCCGGAUUAAAGCCACGUAAUGAAGAAUUAAAAGCAAUUAGACUUUCAAAAGAAGCCUCUGGCAACCGGGAGGGCGCAGGAAAAAUGUAAGUUGAAAAGAGACUGAAAACAAAGCGUUCUGUCAGUUCAGAUUUGAAGCUCGGCUUGACGGUGAUAAUGGGAACACCUUAACAAUAGAUUUAGGCUUCCACAUGAUCUUCAUCUUAAUAAAGAAAGAUAAAACAAAAGGUUUCUCUGACCUAAUUAACGUGUCUUGUUUUAUUUUG